AUUGUUGCGUGAACGUAGGCUAGUGUAGCGGGGAGGCUAAGCAGUUGAUUUUCUUGCAGUCCGGAUUAACUCGAACUGUUUUUCUGGGAUUUUUUUUUUCGCUUUAAAUUCGGGAUUUGAAAAAAAAUCGAUCAGCUCCAAUGGCAACACAGUGUGUGACCAAGGUGGAGCUGACCAUGUCCUGCGAGAAUCUGCUGGACAUGGAUGUGUUCUCCAAAUCGGACCCCCUGUGUGUCCUCCUUAUGAACACCUCAGGGGCGCAGUGGUAUGAGAUCGACCGGACAGAGAAAGUUAUGAAUUGUCUGAAUCCAAAGUUUGCCAAGAAAUUUGUCGUGGAUUACUACUUCGAGUUGGUGCAAAAGAUGAAAUUUGCGGUUUAUGACAUCGACAACAAUACGUACGACCUCAGCGAUGACGACUUCCUGGGGGAGCUGGAGUGCACGCUGGGUCAGAUCGUAUCCAGCAGGAAGCUGACCCGACCUCUGGUUCUGAAGAACAAGAAACCCGCAGGAAAAGGGACCAUCACGAUCUGUGCUGAAGAAAUUAGUGACAACAGAGCGGUGAAUUUUGAGGUGGAUGCCAGGAAAUUAGACAAGAAGGAUUUCUUUGGCAAGUCGGACCCCUACCUGGAGUUCUACAGGCAGACCGAGACAGGAUGGCAGCUCGCCCACAGGACAGAGGUGGUCAAACGCAACCUGAACCCCUCCUGGAGACCAUUCCGAAUCCCCCUGCAGUCUCUGUGUGGGGGGGACAUGCAGAGGCCUAUCAAGGUGGAGUGUUACGACUAUGAUAGGGAUGGGUCACAUGACCUCAUUGGGAUCUUUGAGACCAAUAUGGAGCGUCUUCAGCAAGCCUCACGUAGUGCUCCGGCAGAGUUUGACUGUAUAAACAUGAAGAAGAAACAGAAGAAGAGGAACUAUAAGAACUCGGGUGUGGUCAGCGUGAAGGUUUGCCAGGUGGUGAAGGAAUACUCAUUCUUGGACUACAUAAUGGGGGGCUGCGAAAUCAACUUCAUUAUUGGGGUGGAUUUCACAGCAUCAAAUGGGAACCCCAUGUCCCCCGAUUCUCUGCACUACAUCAGCCCCCAAGGGGUCAAUGAGUAUCUGUCCGCCAUCUGGUCUGUGGGGCAGGUGAUACAGGACUACGACAGUGACAAAUUGUUCCCUGCGUUUGGAUUUGGAGCCCAGAUCCCCCCUACCUGGCAGGUAUCCCAUGAGUUUCCACUCAACUUCAACCCCGCCAAUCCAUUCUGUGCAGGCAUCGAGGGCGUGGUGGAGGCCUACAGAAUGUGCCUGCCCCAGGUCAAGCUGUACGGGCCCACUAACUUCUCCCCCAUCAUCAACCACGUGGCCCACUUUGGAGCCGAGGCAACACAGCAGAAAACCGCUUCUCAAUACUUCGUCCUCCUCAUCAUCACUGACGGCGUGAUCACAGACAUGGACCAGACGUGCGCUGCCAUCGUCAACGCCUCCAAGCUGCCCAUGUCCAUCAUCAUUGUUGGGGUGGGCGGGGCUGACUUUGGCGCCAUGGAGAUACUGGACGGAGAUGACGCACGGCUGCAGUCACCCACGGGCGAGAUGGCCGUGCGCGACAUUGUGCAGUUCGUGCCGUACCGCAAGUUCCAGAACGCUCCCAAGGAGGCACUGGCCCAAUCUGUGUUGGCUGAAAUCCCGGGUCAGGUGGUGACCUAUUUCAACAUGUGCAAACUGAGCCCGCCCAACAACCCCACCAAGACAGCCUCUACAGAGCAGCCUCAACAGAGCUGAGUGAUCACCCCUUCCAAAAAAGUGCCUCCCCCCUGCAAACCAACAGAUUUUACAAUACUUAUAGCACUCAUCCCCUACCAGUGACCCUCUCCACUCUCCAUCCCAAAUUGACCAGCCUCAAUGGAGCCUACCCCCCCUGCCUCCUGAAAUAAAGUGCCUCCCCACCCUCCAGCACAUUUCAAGUGUCCUGCUUUGGCAGCUGCUAUAGGUCAGCCUUAACAGAGCUGAGCUCUCACCCCCCACCAGUCCAUCCUCAAAUAAAGUGCCUCCCAGCAACCACCACUAUGGAACCAGCAAAGUGCCCCCUCCUGUCUUCACUUCCAAACCUGGCACCAGGUGAGGGAAGGACAGGUGCAUACCUGCAGCUGUAUCUGUUGCUUCACUUCACUUUGCUCACAGCUGUUGAAAAGGCACUGCUGUUUGGAUACAAGGUCAACUCACCUGGUAUCCCCAGGUGUGAGUGGGCUUGGGCAUUGACAGGUGACUGUUAAAACGGGCUGGACUCCAGACACCUGUGACUGGAGCAGCCGUGACCGAUACUAACCAGAGAUCAGAGACUUAACCAAUGAAUCCACCAUAUUGCCGAAUCUACACACUUCUUCGUAUAUUCAUUUUAGUGCAUUUUCUUUAAACAA